UCAAACAUUCCUUGCUCUUUUUCUGGGUUCAUCUCUGCUUUUUGUUAUUCACGAGUUUUGAAGAAUUUGUUAUAUUUUGGGCGAUAGCUAUCGAACCCUUUGCACCAUUUAUUGAGGGGUGAAAAUUAUCCUUAAUUUCGAUGAUCUUUACUGCCAUGUCUCAAGCUUUAUAUAUUUAAUGUCCACCCAUGUUGAAUUAUUACAAUAGAAUAGAACUGAUCUCUAGAUCUUAUCUUAUCCUAUUAUUUAUCCUUUCAUUUAAAUUAGUCUUCUCCUCUAUCUUUCUCCUAUCGAUUUCUUUUCCAACUUUACCAUCAUUUGCCUAUCAAUACAGCUUUUCCCUGCACUUGUGAGAUACGAAACAUUCAGCUAUACAUAUACCCAUUUGUUAAGUUUUAUGAACUCCCUGGUUCCGCUGGCUGCUGCAUGGUUAGCUGCGACAUAUCUAGCUUUCCCGCCACGAAAACAAUUUGUCGAGCACCUUAUGAGUGAUAAGAGUGGAUGAUGUACCAAUAACAUUUUUCAUUCAUGUAAAAAUGGUGAUGAAUUUACCGGUGGUCCAUGAAAAGGACUUUUCUAGCUCCAUGUGGAGGACAUAGGAAUCCUCAGAAACCAAGGAAAAUCAUCGAAAACACCUUCUCGUGUGAAAAUAACCAACAAGAAAUCUCCCUCGUCGCGUUCGCCAAUGGCGGACCCGUCAAUGACAUAGCAAACCCUAUAGAUUCUCGUCCUAAACACUUCCUCUACGCCGCAAAGCCUGCCCCUUCUCCGAUCGAGAGCGCAAAGAAAGAACGAGAUGGGUUUGGAAUUCGACUCGUCGCCGGCGGCAGAGAGCGUGAUCGUGGUGAUGGACGCCAACCGAAGCAAAGUAAGCGGCGACGCCCUCGAGUGGGCCAUCAAACACGUCGUCCGCCGGGGAUACACCGUCAUCGUUCUCGGCGUGUUUUCCGAUGGAUGCAAGAAGAUAUCCUCCCCCUCCGGCACUUCUUGCUUCCCCUUUCGCAUGUGGAUUAGCCUCUCUAGCAUCUCUGUAAGAAUAGAGUACUCAGGCUCAGUAGGACAGGGAGAUCUGGUGAACUCGAGAGAGCUCGAAGACAAGAUCGAGAAGAAGAGGGAAGAAUACCAGCGUGCUUUCCACCCUUUCUACAGAAAGUGCUCGAAGAACCAGGUGAAGUUGGAGCUCAAACUGGCUGCGGGAUAUGAUCCGAGGAGCAUAACCAUCGACGAAGCGCAACAAUGUAAUCCGCGUUGGAUUGUUCUCGAGAGUCAAUUGAAGAAAUACAGGGUGCACAUAUACCGGCAAGUGGCCUGCAACAUGGCGGUGAUGAAGGGGAAAGGCGUGGCGACAUUGAUGCCGUCGAGAGCUCGCGAGCAGGAAGAGUGGCCGGCGGACCGCGGGGCAGCCGACAAUGUGGAUUUCGAAGGCUCCGAACCUGAUCAGACAGUAGCGCAAGAUGCGGCGGCUAUCUGGAUGCCCCCGACGAUUUCUGAAAGUCCCUGUUUCUAUCCGCUUUCUUGCCGAGAUGGUUUCCCCAGAGCCUUUUCGCUCGCGGAGCUCCAACUGAUCACCAAUGGCUUUUCGGCGGAGAAUCUCAUCGGCACGUUCUGCACUUACGAAGGUAUUUGUCAGGAUACGCCGGUGCUGGUGAAGCGUUACUCGGCGAACGACGACAGGUUCUGGUCGGUGCUGAAUAUACUGUCGAGGGUUCGGCAUCGGAACAUUCUGAACCUUGUAGGGUACUGCUGCACUGAGGCUUCCAUGUUCUUGCUCUGUGACUUUCCCUGCAGCGGCACUGUUGAAAUGAACUUGCUCUGCGACGAGGCAGCCAAGCGCCUUUCAUGGAGACGGAGGUGGUACAUUGCUAUGGAGAUAGGCAUCGGCAUCCGCUACCUUCACGAGGAGUGCGUCGAUGGGCCUAUUGCUGAUCUCUCAGUCUGUUCCUCUCGCAUUGCUUUCUCUGAGGGUUAUUCCGCCAUGCUCGUCAUCAUCAACACAGCCAAGUGGCUCAAAGAUCGCAUUGCUUCUGAAGAAGAUUCACCAGCUGACAGCCUGAGCACAGAAGAAAAUAAGCGGAUUUUGGCUGAUAUUCAAGGUUAUGGGAUGUUCCUCGUCGAGCUCAUUACAGGAAAGAGCGCUGGACUUUUUCAGGAUCAAGGAGGCAACGAUCAAUCAUUGAUUGAUUGGGCAUUGCCACUUCUGGAAAACGGUUUCAUAAGCCAAGUGAUAGAUCCAAGGUUGGUGUUGGUGGAUGCUAGUGAUUCUGAAGUGGUUAAUUACAUGGCACGCGCUGCUUUACUCUGUCUAAAGAAUGACACAGGCCGGAAGUUUUCUAUAAGUGAGGUUCUAGCUCUGGUUAGAGGCCAUCAACUUGUAGCUUCAAGCCCCUGAAUUCCUUGACAGAGGCUCGUGGACAGUUCUUGUAUGUGAAAAGUAAUUCAAGUACAUUAAUCACUGUUUUGGAGUAUUGAAAUGCUAACAAAAUUCAAGUGGCUUUACC